AGCGACACCUCCCAACAGCCAGCAUCCCGUGCCCCACCCAUCCAUGCCGUGAGACAUUUACCUUGCUCUAUCUGCUUAUCGCUUCGCGUUUUCGGGGUGAAACUUCGCUGUCUGCCGAAUAUUGCCCCUCUCGCAACUCGUCUUCAAGACAUGCAUUAGUCUUGUACAAGUAGCUCAACCCUGACACGCGCGAGAGUUCCGCAUCCGGUAGCCAUGUCUCUCAACCUGGAGAAGCAGCUGGUCUUCUAUGGAGCAUACCAUCAUAAUAAAGUCAACGUUGGGAUACAUAUACUCUGUGUGCCUCCCAUCUUGUUGACAUCCUUCCUACUGCUCACAAACACGCCUGCCGUCCCGCUACCGUCAUGGCUCUCCGUGCCCAACCUUCCUCUCAACAUCGGCACCGUGGGAGCAGUCUUGUAUUCGACACUUUACGUCCUUAUGGAGCCCGUCGCCGGGGCUCUUCUUGCGCCUCUUCUCAUCGGCGGCACAGCGUACGCGAACCACCUCACCUCGACAUAUGGCGCAACCGCGAACUCGUGGGCAGCCGCAAUUAACAUUGCGUGCUGGUUGGUGCAGUUCGUUGGACACGGCAAGUUUGAGGGCAGGGCACCCGCGCUGCUUGACAACCUUGUGCAGGCUGUCUUCCUAGCCCCAUUUUUUGUCUGGUUUGAGAUACUUUUCUCGCUUGGAUACCGCCCUGAGCUGAAACGCCGGGUAGACCAGGCGGCUGAGAUGGAGAUCCAGAAGUUUAAAAAGAGCAAAGAGAAGGGCCAGAAUGGCUCUGCAAAGUGAUCCAAGGACGCUCAGGCUUUUGAUCAUGUCUAUAUGGCAAUCCAGACACGGCUAGACAAGCGCUGCUGCGAAUGGGAACUAGGCGACGGGUCGAGAUGGAAGGGGGCGGCUACAAAGAGCACUGCAAGUACUGUGUAUGGAUACGGCAGGAGAGCAUAGCGUUGCAUGGAAGCACGGUGUACGAGGCGUUUGGGUGGAUUAUUUUUUCUUUCUUCGUCUUUUGCGUUUGGCAAGCCAGCUGCAUACCCAUUUGGAAGUUGAACCGGUUGGCAGCAAGAUACUCUCUUGAAUUAUUAUUAUCAAUACCUCUGUCAAGUAAACACAUGUACAUUGCAAUGUGAUGGGUGAAAGCUUUCCCU